CUUAUCCUCUUCUACCAAACCUGUCACCCGAUGUCUUCCAGGUACUUGCUAGUUUUGCUCCUGGGAGCGGUGCUUUUCGCCGCCCCUGUCCUCUCCGAGGACGUUGAAAAAGAGCACAAGCAUCACCACAAGCACCACCACAAGCACCAACCUGGCGGUCGCCGUCUCUUGGAGACCACUGAAGUCGAAGACUUGCACCACCACCGCCACCACCACCCUCACCACCCUCACGAGCACAUUCUGGUCGAGGAGGUCGAAAAGGAAGACUCCUACAAAAAGCCGUUCCCCGGCGAGAAACCGCCCCACCACCACCACCACCACCCCCACCACCCCGGCCACAUGCUUGCCGAGGAAAUGGUAACUGAUGAAAAAGAAAAAGAGCACAAGCACCACCACAAGCACCACCCCGGCGAUCGCCGUCUCUUGGAGACCAUCAAAGUCGAGGACAUGCACCACCACCACCACCACCACCACCCCGGCCACAUGCUUGCCGAGGAAGUGGUAGCAGAUGAAAAAAAUAAGCCUUUCCUUGAGCACGAGCCGCCAAAGAAAGGCGAGGAGCCGAAGAAGGGCAGGGGAGAGAAGCCGCACCACCACAAGCCACCGCACAAGCCCCCCACUGAGAACUGAGUGUGUGUUUUUCAAUGAAUGUAUAUCGUGUGCUUAUCACGCUUUCAAAUAAGAGGUGGUCCAUAUUGUAUCUGGUACUACCGUGUUAGCAGGUUGGCUAUUUGUGUUCCAUGCAAUAUAGGAUGUUUGUACUUUGCUUGGGCAUUUCCUUUGACUAUGCCUACGUUAAUAUAUGCUGAGUACUUGCUAGUCGUGA